UACAUUGACGAGCUGAUUCAAGAAAACGAACGACUUCGCCGUCGUGUAUCUCAAUUGGGACCACCAAUUGAUACACCAAAUAGAAAUUCCUUGGAAACCAUUCAAGGUGCAGACCUCCAAGCUGCGGCGUCACCGAUACAGGACCCUGAUGUAGCGUCUACGCCUUGGUUCAUUGAUAUGGCUGUCCCCCAUACACCUAUCCUUCUCUCCGAAGCCUCAGAUUCGGCGUUUGCGACGCGCUUCCGCCAGGCAAUGUCUGAUUCUGAACACAGCCAUCUACCUCGAGUAAAUUUUCCAGCGGAUGAUCAACUCCUGGCCUUGAGUGAUGCGGCUUGUGCAUGGCCUAGCCCACCGCAGGCGCGUCUUCUUGUCAAUGCUGCAUUAAGGUGUCUUGGACGUUGGCACCACAUUGUUUGCCGCAGCACGGUCCUUGAGGAGCUCGAGCGGAGCCUACAAAAUCCUGAAUCCAUGGGGGUUCUCCUCCAGAGUAAACUUUGGGUGCUAUUUGCAAUCGGAAAGAUGUAUUCAACGCGAACAUAUGCUACAUGUAAAAGUUUCCCUGGACUGGAGUACUUUGCUAAAUCCACCAAAGUUCUCCGUGUCAUCAGUGAGCGCCCAACCGUUGAAAUGGUAGAGACGUGGCUCCUGCUGUCAUACUAUUCUCUUUGUCUGAAUCGACGACAUUCUGCCUACAGCCUAGCUGGUUUCGCCAUGCGAGUUUCCGUUAUAAUGGGUCUAAAUUUUAACGUCCCCGAGCCUCUUCUUGCUGAUCCUGCAGCGCGUGAGCACAGAAUUCGAGUUUGGUGGACUGCUUAUACAUUCGAUAGAAUGUGGGCAACAAAAUUAGGGUAUCCAGUCGCAAUUCAUGACAGCGAUAUUGACGUAGACCUUCCAUCAAACAAGGUCUUGCACAGCGACUUUGAAGACUGUUCGUAUUCUGUCGCAAUGAUAGGCUUAGCAAGGAUAUCAGGGCGAAUAACUCAUUCAAUAUACGGCAAAAGCUCUCAGCAAGACUCAUUAUCGCAACGAGUCCAUGAUAGCUUAUCGGAUCUCCAUCAAUGGCUCAAAGAUUUACCCUUGACAUUACAGAUGGACUCAGCACGAGACAAUGCAGCAGAUCAAAGGGCAGAAUCCCUGUACCUACUGUUCAACCAGCUUGUGAUACUUGCUACUCGUCCAGUCCUUCUUCAGGUCUUUCGCACACGUAUUAAGAGUGUUGAGAUGGACUCAACUUCGGACAUUCCAGAGUCUGCAAGCGCUCUAUCUGAUGCAUGCAUCCGGUGUGCGCGACACUCAUGCCAAAUCCUUACCGAUUCAUGGAUAAGCGGCACUUUCAUGAUGUUCGACUAUUUUUAUACCCAGUACCUCUUCACCGCAGCAACAGUCUUAGCUAUCUCAAGCUUGCUUGAUGCCAAAGACGGACAAGCUGACAGAGAAUCCUUUGAAAUGGCAGUACAGUUUCUCUCACAGCUGAAGGGUAAUGGCAAUUUUGUGGCUGCCGAGUUCAAGCAACAUGCGGAUGCUAUGGCAGCUCUAUUUGCCCCUGUUGAAACGAAAAUGAAGGCUCAGCACGCAUCUGCCUCGCCAGAACAAGUUACACACAGCGUGAGUGUUAGAAGAAGAGGUCUCGGCCCAACGGCCGUGCCGGGAGAUAUAACGGCAGAUAUGGUGCUAUCUGAACCCUUUUUCCACGAUCUACUCUCUCAGCCAAUGCCCGACCUUGAGUUCAUCAAUGCUUCACUAAGCAUAGAUAGCGCCCAAGGACUCUACUGGCCGAUGAUGGCUUCGAGCAGUGA